GUCUGAGUUAAGUUACUGAAUGCGCGGCAAAGGAGAUUCAACAUUCAACAGUAUGUUGUAUAUUCUCUUCAUGAUCGGUGCCGGUGUACCGUUGCUUUUUCAAUGAAGAUUGCUUUUAAGUUUUCCUCCCGUUUCCCUCUUCAUAGUGGUACAGUGGUACACGACAGAUCUUACUAAGGAAGCUGGAGAAGACACUCGCUCAGUAACGCGUAAAAACCUCAUGUUGUUCUUUCUUGUGUCGCGUGUAAAUAUUUUUAAUUAAUUUAAAACAAUGUGAUGUCAACCUUUGUAUUAUAUACUGUGUUUAUAUUUCUUCAAUGUUAAAUAAUGCUUGGAUGGAUAAAUUAGUAACUUGAUCCUCUUAAAUGACGAAAUUCAAUUCCAGUGCUAUGCUGUCAUUUAAUCAUGCCUAAAAAAAGCUACUUGAGAAGAAAUAAUGACACUGAAAAAAUGAGAGUUACAGUGUGACGUUGUUUCAAGUUAAAAAAAUAAAAACAACAAAUAAUUAAGCAACUGGGGCAUUGGAUGGAAAAUUACUAUACAGUUUAUAUGCCAGUUAGAACAUGAACGGUUGAUAAUCGGCACGUGGUAUUUUACUAUGACGGUGAUCUGUGAACCAGUUUAUUGAAAACACGACACCAGCUUGUCAUACAUCUAGAUAAAUAUUUUGUUUAAUUAAAAGUAUUUACUAAGUAACAUUACCUGUAACAGAUUACGGAUUGUAUUUAUUAGUACAUUGGAAUUUAGGAUAUUUUAAGAGAUGAGUGAACGUCGUAAUCUGAAGGUCGUUGACGUCCGGGAGACACUUGACUCUAAGUUGGCUUAUCUGCCUGGCGGAAGAGAUCGAGAAGGCAAGCCUAUUCUUGUUGUUGAUGUCCCGAUCUACUCAUCCGAUGAAUCUGUAGCUGACAAUAAAUUGGAAAAGCUUUUGGCUUAUCUUCUUUCGACUUUCAACGAUGAGACUAAGAAGAAUGGAAUUUCAUUGAUUAUGGAUGCGAGGAAAGGAUCCUGGAGAGUGGCCAGGUCGUAUAUCCAAAGGUCCAUGAACGUAGUGGGGAAAUAUGCAGCUCGUAUGAUUGUUAUUCGACCUGAUAGCUUCUGGGAGAAACGAGUUGAUAACUGCACCAAGUCUUGGAAGGACGGCGAGCCCAUUUACAUUUCUAUCACGAGAUUAUAUUCUUAUGUGGAUACCGCUCAAGUUUCAAGUGAUUUAAGAGGGACUAAAGCCUAUGACCACUAUGACUGGAUUCAAAUGCGUGUUAGAGUAGAAGAUUAUGAAAAGAGUACCGCAGAAUUAAUUUCAAAACUUAAUGAGUUCAAAGCCAAAUUAAAAGACUUUGGAAAGAUUGAUGAAACUAACGAUGAAGAAAAGAGUGUUGAGUUUUAUGUAGAAAACAGAGAUGAAUUGGAAGUAAUGUGUCGUUAUAUUUUACAUGAAGGGCGAAUUUUGGCGAGUGAUAUGAGCAGUGAAACCUCUCAGGAUAUUCAGGAUACCAUACAUAGAGUUCAUGACCUUCUAGAUAUGAUUGAAUCUAAUCAGAUUGACGUGGAAAAUAGUUGGACUGAGAUGACCACUAAUUUAACGUUAAUGAAAGAAAUAAAAGACAUUGAACAAGGUAUUAAUCGAGUAACUAAUUGGAUUCUUGGUCCUGCUGACGCAAUGCUCAAUUUUCAUAGCAAUGUUGGUUUUGAUGUCGCUUCUUCAGAAAUUUUACGACGCGAACAUGAAGAAUUAGAACGAGAAUGUAGAGUAACUUAUGCCAGAUAUACGCAACUUACUUUUAGAAUAAAUAAAUUACCAGAGCACUGUUUAACUGAGAGUCUUAAAGCGCAAAAAGAUUUCAUGGAUUUCGUGUGCAGAGGUUAUGCCACAAGAUUAGAAAGGCGAAGAAAUAUUUUAAUUACUUGCCAACGAUUUUUUUGUCUAGUUUCUGAAUAUUUUGACAAGACCAGUGAAGUCUUUGACAAAAUGAUUAUGGGAAAUAGAGCGUGUAAUUCUUUUGAAGCUGAAGCUAAGUUGAUGCAUUUAGAAGCUAGUCAAUCAAAUUUAGAUGGAAUAUUACAAGAUUUAAUCAGAGAAGGAGAAAAAUUUUCCGAACUAAUGUCGAUGCCAGUUAAAAAUGCAUUAGGCCGAGAUGUCAAAGUGGAAUAUGCAGAAGACAUAACAAAUGUAACAGAUAUAUUGGACGCGACAAAUGCCAGGAAGAAUAUAUUUAACGAUUCAGUGGAACUACAAAAAUUAACUCUUAAACAAACUAUUUCAAUUUGUACCUACGAAACAGAUGCCGACCAGUCAAUUAAAUGGCUGAGUGAUUUAUUCAACGUGUUGAUUAAAAAUUACACUGAAGUAGGCUGUAGUGUUACUGAAAUCCAGAAGCAAAAAGACGAUUUGCAGAAUUUUGAAGAAAUUUCACAAGGUGCGUUCGAGUAUGGCUGCCAAUUAUUAAAUGGAGCAAGAAUACUUCGGACUUCUUGCAGAUUGAGCUUAGACACAAAUGUAAGUUUAUUCUCUCAACUAAGAGAGGCUUGGCGGCGCAUUAGGUCUGUGAGUCAGGAACAGCUUACAAGACUCAGAGUUUGCACUAUUUUUCAUCGGAGUAUUGAUGAGCACUGUCGAAGAUUGACUGAUUUAAUAAAAAUAGCAAACAAUUCGCUGUAUUUAAUAAAUCAAAACAAGUCUUCUGGAUCUGAAGACACUCUGAGCGACCAUUCAUCUAGCUCAGAGUGCCUGAAAGAAGUCACAGAAAAUCGGGAAAAACUCUUGGGGUACAUUGACAGAACUGUCAAGCUAGGAAGAUUAUUGACCACCAGCUUAAAGGAACCUCUUUGCUCCGAAUCAAGGAUGUCGACGUCAAAAGAGGACGUGUGUACUACAGAGAGCAGAAACUUAUCAGCCGUUGAAGCUAUUUCGGAAAAACUUGCUGAAGUAACAAGACUCGCAGAAAAGUUGGACGCUAAAUUGGACGAAGCUGGUGUGAGAGUUAAAUUUACGAAGGAUGAAAAAGAUAAAAUAGAGAGUAUUGAAUUUUCAUCUUACCGCACUGCAAGUCCGUCUUCACUUGGUACAGUAAUUGAAUUACCUCGUAAAGAUUCUGGUGUUAUCAAUAAUAAUGGCAACUAUAAUGAAGAUGAUGAUCAUAAUGAUAACGAGGAGUUGUUAUAUGAAGAAAAUAAGCCUCAGCCCAAUGGGAUAAAUAAUAAUGGAGUUUGCGAUGAAAAUACUUCUUGUGAGUAUCAUAAAACUAAUAAUGAUGUUCAACAAGUAAGUGCGUCGGAAACAGAAGAAAUAAAUACCGAAGAGUACACGACUGCAACCGAAUGUUCAUUGACACCAGUUGCAAGAUCUCGUAGUGAUUCCUUCGUAACAAUAUCAGAGUGUGAUGACAUUUUAUCUGAUUUAUAUCGAGUGGAGGGAGUUGGAAACCUGGAGUAUCAUCAGGUCGUCGAUGGUUUAGUAACGUCUGAAACGUCUGGGCUUGUUGAUCAACUUAAGAAGAUGAGUAAAUCGCCGGAAUUAAUAGUCGAUAUCAAUCAAAAUGUUCCAGACGUUAAGAAGACUAAUGCCACUUCAAUCAUUGAAACUAUUGAGGAAACCUCUGGGAAAGUUGUUAAAGAAGUAACGGAAGUAACAACUCUUCGUGUAUCUCACGAUACUAAAUUUGGUGUUGCUUCUUACAAAUUGACUUCUAAUACCCUUACGGAGAAUAAAGAGCACAGAAAUGCCGUCGGUAUUCUUGAUGCAAGUCAUCAAUACAUCAAUGGGUGUUAUAAUGGUGUUCAUCAUGAUGACAAAGAUGCCAGUGCGCAGCAUUCACGUGAAGAAAUAUCAAUUUCCGAAUCAGAAGUUCCAUCAAAGUUAGAAAACGGGCAUGCGUGUCGGCAUUCAAAAAUAGUAAAAGAGUCAACGAGUGAAUACAAAUUAAAGUUACCUCCUGACGAGCUUAAAAAUGUUAGAUUUUUAGACACGAAGGGCAAUAAUGACAGCGGUAUCGAGAUGCCAUCGAAGCACAAUGAAAGAUUAGAGACAAGCGAAGAAGAAGAAGAAGAAGAAGACGAUAAUGAUAAUAGCGAAUAUUUUGAAAAAUUGAAAAUGAGUGGAGAAUGGUUGAGAUUAAAAGUUCUGGAAGUAUAUCCGGAAUUAACGAGACUGGGUACAACGGUAGAUGAAGCAAAAAGACUGUCAGCUGCACAUGACGAGGUACUUGUACGUCUUCAAAGCAAGCAAAGUCCAGUUGAGGAAUUACUUAGACAAGCGGAUCAACUAAUCUCGACUCAAAGACCUCGCGCAGAAGUUUAUGCUGCUAUGGCUGACACCUUGGGUCAGGCUUGGAGAGACGUUAAUUCUUUGCUCGAGCUUCAGAAGCAGAUAUUGGAUCAUAAUGUACUUUUUAAAUGUCGAGCUGAAGAAUUCAAAGUAAAUGCCGUAGCACUUGAAAAAGCAUGUACUGAUACAUUGCUUCCCAUUGAGAUAGAAGUAGUUAAAAAAUUCCUCACUAGAAUCCACGAUUUAAGGAAAGCAAUGCUUAGUUCACUGAUGGGUGCUCUACAAGAAGGUCGUACUUUACUGGAUUGUCUCAGGGAAAUAGCCAACGAGGGUACAUUAGAUUCACGACCAGAUAGAAUAAAAGCUGAUGCUAACAACGCUGUUCUCCAAGUUGAAAAGUGGUUAGAAGAGCUACAUGACCAAAGAACCCGUAUCGAGUUGUCUUUUACCACCAGAAAGACUCAAUUAGAGCAGUGUCUAGCCUUGGCACUUCUAGCGACAGAUCUUCGGGACCUAGAAGAAAUAAUAAACGACAGAAUGGCUGCUCUUAGAGCCAGCAGCGAUCAACUGGGCGAUUCCUCGUCAAGUGCCGGGCUUUUGUUGUUCGAGUUUAAAAAAUUACAGUCUGAGGCCAAGGAACUGCAGGAACGGUCUUUGAAAAUAACUAAAUCAACGGAGAGAUUAGUGUCAGCUAAACAUUUUGCUGGCGAACAGGCCACGGCUCAAGCUUACGUGAUCCUUGAGUCAGCUACGGAUUAUGUUAAUGAGUUAGAUCAGUAUGAAGGUUUAUUAAAUCGAGCGAUAGCGUUCUUUGAAUCUGCGCGAUCAGCAUUUACAAAAUUAGAUCAGCUGGAGAUUCAAUUGGCAACGACCGAACAUCCUCCACACUCUCCACAACUAGCUAGGUUCCACGCCCAAACUUCGGCAACACUCACGGAAGUAACUUCUAGUCCGCUGGCAGAGGGUUAUGCCCUCCUUGAUGUCACGGGAAGAGGAGCGCCUGGUGCAGAGGGAGUGAAGCGAACCGUCGAAGAGUUAGAAAACCGGAAGAUACGUCUCCUUGAGCGGUGUACGGCGCAUAAAGAAGAAAACCUGAGGAUCUCAAAAGGCCUGGCGAUUUUCUUUGAAAAAUACGAAGAGUUAAGAUCAUGGCUGACGGGUAUCGCGGAUGCAUUUCUUCGCGGCCACCAGGACAUGGGAAGUGAUUUGCCGAUGGCUCAGGACUUUUAUAAGAUGCACUGCCAAUUGUUGGAGGACUUGGGGAAACGUGGGGAUGAAAUUGACGAAGCACUGUCAGUUUUAUCGGGAACAAUUAUGGAAAUAACUGACGAGAGACAGCGAAUUGCUCAGAAGAAGCACAUUGAAGAUCGUGUUGAUGCUCUGAGAGACUCUUGGUUAGAUUGCAGGCAUACUGUUGAAGCAAGACUUCAUCUUAGUGCUCUGUAUGUCGAUUUUCAUGAAGCGGCUAUUGCUCUGGGGAAAGAACUCGAUGAAGUUGAGAGCGAAUUCAAGAAACAUUCGGAUAAUGCUGAAGAGGGAAGAAUAGAUGAUUUAGAAAAACGAUGGAAUGAAUUGCGGCCGCUUUAUAUGAGACUGACUAGUGCUGGAUCUGCAUUUUUAGCUGAAGCUGAUAGGUGCACUGAUGCGUACUUGGACAUCCUGCGUGCACGGUUGUGCGUAGAAACGACCUUGGAACGCUUCGCUAACAGGCAACUAACCGUGACUGAAUCAUGGGAGAACUGGCAGACUUCUGUUGUUACAACAAGGGAGCGGAGAAUUGAACAAGAGAGACGAUUUGAAGAAACUACUAAAACAUUAGCAUGGGCAACCAAGUUUGGUGAACAGCUUUAUCCUAUCAUCACUUCUGAGUCUAUUAAACCUUCUGUUAUUCUUCAAGACCUUGAAAGUACGCAAUUAGGUAUUCUUCCGGAGUUGAAGAAGGCUGUUACUGAGUUAGAUGCCAGAAUCAAGAGCGUUGAGAGCUUCACUAAUGGAGAUGAUAAUGUAAGCGAACGAAUAAAAGAAAAAUUAUCAAAAGUUUACGAGCAUCUUCGAACGACUGCAACAGAUUAUCAAAACCUUCUUGAAUCAUUAAUUUCUAUUUUCGAUGAUCUAGUUCAGAUUGAAAAUAAAAUGGAGGAAGUAAAUGAAAUUCGCAAAAAUUUAGAGCAAUCAUCUGGAUUUCUUACGGAAUCUGGACGAGAUGAAGUACGAAUGAAAGCGGAAACAAUAAAUAAAAUACGCGACGCGAUAACAGAAGUACUUAAAAAUGUUGAGCCGGCGAUUGAUCAAGUUAUAUCGAGAAUCAGAACCCAAGAGCCCGCAGAAGCUGCAGUGCAAGAAACAGAAAAAUUAAAUCAAGUUUUUAAUAUUACUUCUGCUAACUGGGAGAACGCUUGUAUGGAAGCCAAGUUUAAGUUUGAUAAACGUUUGCUGUUUUGUAAUUUUGCUGAUGAUUUGGAUCGUAUUGAUGCUGAUCUUAUGCAUUUAAGUGAUCAAUUAGCUGGCAGUGCUGAGUCAGGGCAUCGUUUUACUGGCGACUCUUUGCCGGCUGCUGAAGCUGCUUCUUCAGCAUUUUUGCAUUUCGAAAAAACUGUUACGAUUUUAGAAGAAAGAAUAAAGGUAUUUAUAAAAUCAACGGAGAAUAAUUUUGAACUAACCACACCAGAAUCGGCACCGAUGAUAAAUCGUGAGCUUUUAAAACUUCAAGAGCGUUGGGAUGAAUUAAAACGAUUGUCCGAAUCGACUCGAGAACGAAUAAAUUCUAGCAUUGAGUACUUCAGGCUUCUUGAGGAGGCUAAAAAUUGGUACCGAGACGGAAAUAAGUUGAUGAUUGUAAUAGCUAGAAAAUCUUCAUCAGCAAAGACCCCAGAAGAAGUACAGGAAUGCUUGACAGGGAUCGACGGCUACUUGAAGCCGGGAGAAGAACUCCAAGAACAACGUGUUGAGAAAAUCCGUGAUUUAUCCACGAGAAUCUUCGGCACUGAUCGGCUACCGCAGUUCAACGAAGUGGUUGUGGAAAAUCGCGAAACCCUCGACUCGUUUGCUGUGAUAACAUCUGAAUUACGUACAUUAGCGCAAAAUUUGAAAAACUCAGCGGAUAUUUUCGAAGAGAAAAAACGCGAGAAAGAGGAAGAAUUACGGAAAUUAAAUGCUGCUAGAGCAGAAGCCCAGGCUGCUUACGAGGCUGAAAUUGAGCGUAAAAAAGUAGAGACCAUGAUGGAGGAGAAGAAAAAACAAGAACAUGCGUUAAAAAGUUCUGUGUUUGCACAAACGGAAGAGGAGCAAAAGGUAGUGGAAGAAACCGUAACAUCAGCUGUAACUACUAAAGAAAUAAUUAUUCUACAAAAGACAGAAGUUGAGGAAGAUUUACCGGUUCUCAUGCCGUAUGUUUACAAUCCACCUGAAGAAUCCACUAAAGAUAUAAAAAAAGAAACUCAAGAACUUGUUUUACCCGAGCCACCUAAGUUUAUUGUCCCGCUGAAUGACUCGACUAUUGAGGAAGGCAAUAGAUUCAUCUUUCAAUGUAAACUAGAGCACGGAAAACCCAAGCCCGAAAUUAUAUGGUAUAAAGACGGAGUCUCGAUACUUAAUAAUCCGGAUUACUUAACCAGUUAUGAUGAAGAAACCGGUCAAUGUAUAUUAACUAUCGAAGAGACUUUUGCUGAGGAUUCUGCUAGGUUUAUGUGCAAAGCUUUUAAUACCGCGGGAUUCGCUGAAACUGGAGCUACUCUUAAGAUUAAAGAAACAGCACCGGAGCAACAACUAAGUCCUCCUACCUUCAUAAAAGAGUUGCUGGGAUCAGUUGCCAAGAAAGGAUCUCCUCAUUUCUUGUCGUGUAGAGUGACCGGUAAUCCUCUUCCAACAGUCCAGUGGUUUAAAGAUAACACUAAUAUUGAAGAUUCUUCUCCCGAUUACGCGAUAACUUACAACAACGGCGAGGCUCUAUUGAAGUUCAUUGAAGUAUUACCAGAUGACAGCGGUGUUUACACGUGUAAAGCAACAAAUAAACUAGGACAAGCGUCUACUUCAGCAAACUUACUAGUCAAGGCCGAAAUAGAUGAAAAGAAAACAGUGGAAGUUAUUCAGUCGAACGGAAUAUCCAGUUCAACUCCAGAACUUCAAGAAGAAAGUGAUAAAAUUAUUUCCAAGGUCAGUUUUAUUAAGGAGCAGAAAAUUAUUCAAGAGUCACAAAUAAUAAAAAUUGAAAGCCACACUGAAGAGAUGGGAGGGAGUGUUAGUCACAUUAUACCUGACGCUUCUGCUCAGGAAAUAACAACCUCCGUUAAUCAGGAAGAAAUAGUUGUUCCUGUUAAGGUUCAAACCGGUGUGGUUAAGAGCCCGGAGAUGCCGGAACUUUUUGAAGUGCCGGAGCUGAUUAAACCCAGUGUACAAUUACCACUUAAAGACGUACAAGUGUUUGAGGGAAAUACUGUGAGACUAGACUGCGUUAUUAUCGGUCAACCUGAACCUGAAGUAAUUUGGUACCACGACGAGCAACCGGUUAAAGAGUCUGCUGAUUUCCAAUUGCUAUUUCAAGGUGACAGAUGCUCUCUAAUUAUUCAUGAAGCUUUUCUCGAUGACGCUGGUAAAUACAAAGUUGUUGCUAUUAACAGUCAAGGUGAAAUUUCAAGCGAGUGUGUUUUAUCAGUUAUUCCGUCUUCGGAAGCUGCCAAACAGUCAACAGUAAGUACUGCGCCCCAGUUCGUAAAAUUAAUAGCCGACGUUUUGGUAUCCGAAGGUGAAGACGCUGUUUUUGAGUGUCAAGUAACCGGAGAACCCAAGCCCGAUUUACGUUGGUACUUUAACAAUGAAGAGAUAGUAUUUGUACACGAAAGAAUAACAAUGACACACGAUAAAACGGGUAAUUGUACGCUGAAAAUAUGCUCGACGACUGCUGAAGAUAAAGGAAAUUACGUGGCCAAAGCCAUAAAUUUGAUUGGUGAGGCCAAAGCGAUAGCCAGGCUGGUAGUCAAGCCAGCCAGCAAUGAAUCUUUCAAACGAGAAGAAUUGAUACCUAUGGAAGAAAAGUUGGUGGCUCCUUCCUUUGAAGAAAUUUUUGAAGACAAGCGCGUUGUUCUUCCCGGAGUGUCUACUAAAUUUGAGUGCAUAGUUCACGGGAAGCCCACUCCCAAGAUCCAAUGGAUGUUCAACGAGAAACCUGUGCACGGUAAAAGUUUUUUAGUGUCUGUUAGUGGUGACAGACAAGUUCUAACGAUACCGGAAACAAAUCAAGAGCACGUGGGAUUUAUAUCAUGUGUUGCUGAGAAUACUAAGGGCAAAGCAACUUGUACUACGCAACUUGACGUUAAAGGUACAGGAGGAGGAGGUGAGGAGACAAAAGCUACUGCGGCCAAGGGGGUGGAGGACGCUAAAGAUUAUUUUUCACCUCUUGGGGACGAAAUGCAGGCUUCAAACAGUAGCGAGUCACACUUGAUCACCGAAAGAAAGACUUUACCCAGUGACCAAGUGGAUGAGAGUGUUCUCACUAAAAUGUCAUCUUCUUACACUCAGUCGUCAACGACCCAGUCUAGUUGCACUAAAGAAUUUAAAUCUUCUACUACGUCGUCUAGUGUUAUAGCUGAGCCGCAAUUUAGACCAGCUCCUGGCAAUGUUGUUACUAAAACUCAUGUUGAAAGCAGAGAAUACAGUUCUCAGGAGAAUGGAGGUCCGCCAGUUGUUCAGAGCCACAAAGUUGAAGAGUACGAAAAAAUAGUUCAAGACAGCCCGGGUCAACUGAGACAAGAAAAAACUAAAAUAGUAACAGAGGGUAAUGUUUCACUGAAGAUGCAAAAACCAGCGAGGAAAAAUGUCGCUCCUAGAUUCGUCUCACCGCUCACGGGAAUGAUUGUCGAUCAGGGCCAUGACGUUGUCCUUGAAGGAGUUAUUGAUGGUUUUCCAACACCUGUAAUCACUUGGAUGAAAAACGGCCAAGAUGUUAAAGACGGAGUUAAGACAACAUUUGAACACAAUCAUGUGCGUCUUGAAUUGAAAAAUGUCAAUGUUAGAGAUGCGGGUAGAUAUACUUGUACUGCUGUCAAUGAUAUUGGGAACGCUAGCAGUACAGCGGAUUUAGUUGUAAAAAAAACUAUUUUCCCACCGGUCUUUGGGAAACGUCUUCAAGCUCAAGUAGUGAAGAAAGGAGAACGUGUUAUUAUGGAAGUUGAGAUAACUGGAACACCUGAACCAACAGUAACUUGGUACAAGGAUGAUGAACCUUUGAUAGAUGUUGAUGGCCAGCUGAAACAAAUUGGAAAUUGUUAUUUAUUAAUUAUUGAUGCAGCUGAAAAACGUCACGCCGGUAAAUACAUGGUUCAUGCAUCAAAUGCUGGUGGUGAAGGACAAAGUAUAGCUGAUUUUGCAGUAUUCGAACCAACUCCAGAUACAAUGGUAGAAGUUCAUAAAACAAUCGUUUAUGAAAACGUUGCUGACAAAAAUUUAAAGUUGGAAGAAAAGAAGAGCGAGCUACCAUCAGCAGCUUUAACAGCCGAGCACAUAGCUACCACGACAAUCCAACCAAGUUCAACCUUAAAAACCCUCAAUCCUACACCUAGCUCAACAUCUUCCAAAAUCCGUAAAAUCGAGCUUAUAGGCCCUAAAAGUAACCAACACACCGAAGAAAUAGUCGAAAAAGCAACUCGAUCCGAAAUGAUAUCCUCAACAAUAGAGUCUCAUCAAAGUGAGACGAAGUCCGAGCAAAAAUUCCACAUGAAGCUUCAGCACCAAGCACCAUCUUUAUUCGAGGGUGACUCUAACACUCCAGCCGGUCCCACAGUAACAACCACCACCACCAAAAUCAGCACUCAUGAGACUCAAAAGGGCGGAGAGCCCGUUACAACUCGUACAACUGAAUUUGUAGAGUCUAAAACCCUCGAAAAAGAAGCUGAAGAAAACGAAAAUGUCGAGACGGCUACCAUAGCUAAGAAAGACGCGUUAAGUUUCUUCGAAUCCAUGUCAAAGGACAGCGAAAUGACACCAAAGGGUCCCAAAGCGAUGAUUAAACUUACCGAAGAAGACAAGGACGGAAAUUACGACGUAAAAGUCGAUAAAUUAACGAAAAAUUACGAACGCUCGACAAAAUUUGAGGAAGUUAAAAAACCAAUUAUAGAAACUUCGACUCCAACUAAGAAAUCUGUUCAAGAUAUUUCCCACAAAUUUGAAGCUCCAAUAAUAACAAAAGGCGUUGACAAUGUAAUGAUUGAUUUUCCCUACGAUGAUUACAAACUACCGGCUCUAAAUAUCCAACGAGCCGUUCUUGAAGACACAACAGCCUCCGGGUCUCCUAUUCACGGCACGCUAACUAUUUCCCGGCUUGUCGCGCAGUCUGAAAGCGCCGAAAAAAUGUUAUCAGGAUUCAAUCUAGUGCCCGAGCCACCGCCAGAAAUUGGCUACAUGCCAAAGCCGGAUGAAGAAGUUAAAAAAGGAAUGGACGUAUCGUCCAAAGCAAAACAACUUCAGGAAUUUCAGAAGAAAUCUGUAGAUGCUCCUAUUGGUGGCGUUAAAAUUUUCCCAACCGCUAAUGCUCCUCCAAAAACUCCUCAAAUUCCCGAAACUAAAUUAAAAACUACUUAUAUUGCUCCGCCGUUUGAUCUAUCCGAGAAAGAAUCCAAAGAAUUUUGUAAAAAAGAAGUAGUUGAAGAACGUUGUAUUAAAAAGGAUGUUCAUAAAAAAGAAGAGCAAGAAAAAUGGUGGUCGUCGACUUCUGAUCUAGAAACCCGGUCUCAUAUUUCCACAGACUUAUCAGACUAUAGAUGCCAAUCAGGAGCCUCAAGCCAAUUUGAAGGCCGUCCGAGUUCUCCAAAACCUUCAGCGGAUGGCAUUGCUAUGGAGAAAUACUGGGCCAAGUCAAAAACUACUGAAGCUAAUAGGAAAUCCUGGCCACCACAAGCAACAGCUGGUAAGGAGACUACUAAGACUUUUACUAAGAGGGAAGAGUGGAAGGAGCCUGAAGUUGGAUACAAAACCUCGACGCAUGAAAAUAGGGAUGAGGUUGAAGAAAUUCCCGGGGGAGGUGUUACGAAAACGCAUAUUGAAUCUACUAGUAGUUUGGAGACUCGCUCAUGGAGUACUAGAGAGAAUCAAAUUUCUCAGACGGUUAUUGAAGAGCCUCCUAAGAAUAUUGUUAAGCCUAAAGUUGCUGCUCCUGCUCCUAAACCUGCACCAGCUCCUAAUCAUGCACCAGUUACAAUGUACAAAGCAGAGACUACAAAAGUAGACCACAUUGUUAAUUCAAUGCAAGAGAAAUCUAUAAUGGAAAAAUACUCUUCUGAAUGUGAGGUGAAGAAAAUGGAGUCUAUGGAGAAAAAGUAUGAAGAAUUGAAAGCUCCUGGAUUGGUUAAGGCUGUUCCUGGAAAGCCAGUUGUUCAACUUUACCACUCUCCUGGAGACAAUAUUAAAUCUGAGCCGCUAAAAACUUUCCAGGAGUCGGCUUCGAUGUUUAAAGGAACUUUAGCUACUGCUCCUAAGCGCCCGGUUGUUCAAUUGUAUCAUCCUACUGGUGAACCUGAGAUAAUUUUGGAACCAGGUCCGCCUCCUGAAAUUGGCUAUGCUCCACCUCCUAACGAGAGUUAUGAGAGGAAGUUUGAAAUGCACUCGUAUAAAAAAGAAGAUGCUCCGCCAAUUCCGCCGAAAGACGCACGGAAAACUCCGCCGCCGCUUCCAGCGAAGAAAACAGAGCCGUUUUCUUGCGGGAAUUUUGCUAGAGGACAGUUUAUUGAGUCGGACUAUGAGUCUGAUUUUGAAUCUUGCAGAAAGUGGCGGCCUUGUGAGAGCGAAAGUGAGGAGAAGAAGUACAGAAGGGUCCAACCACCGACGCCAAGGCAACCUAGGCCUAGAUCGACGGAACCUGGACCGCCGCCGCCGUCUAGCUUUGAAGUUCCGCCGCCAGAGGUCACUGGGCCGCCUAGGCCUGAUUAUUUGACGGAGAGCUUGAGUUCUUGUAAGAAGAGCAGUACUAUGAUGAGCAGGCAGGAGAGGAGUGCUAAACAGCAGCAGCAUUAUCAGAAUCAAGGAUUUUCGCAGGAUAAUUCGGGGGUUAAUCUUCCCAAACCGGGAUCUCCUCCGGUUUAUGUCACUCCUGAGCCUCCUAAAUGCAAGAGCAGAGUUUUUCAGCAGGAAAGUGGGUACAUGGCUGAUACUGAUGAACCGUUUUAUCAACGAGAGGCUUGUAGUUUGGUUCAGAAGACUUGUGGAAAGAAUGAGGGCUCUUCAAUGUCUUCUUAUGAGUCUAAACAAUUUAUGGAGAGCAAAAGUUAUGUCAGCUCUUCGAGUAAUCAAAGGAGAGAGGAAAUGAAUUAUGUGUCUUGUCCUGGUCAGACUUCUUCUUGUAACGCGCAAACGCAACAGAGGAUUUAUGAAAAGUCUUACAUACCUACGGCACCGAAUAACAACUCUAGAUGUUUUAAGAAUGACAAGGAGGAAACGAGUUAUUCCUGGUCACAAAAUCAAAAAAGUUCAGCUACUAGUCCUUCCAAAUUCGCACGCGGCGAAUUUCGAGAAAGUGACUACGAGAGCGACUACGAAGGACGUAUUCCACCUUUAUGGAAACCUCGAAGUGAAUCUGAUUUUGAAGAACAUCAUUCAUAUAAAUCAGUUAAAUCAAAUUUGUCAGGAAAACCGAUGAAACCGCAACCCGAAGUCGCGGUAUCGCAGUCGUCGUGUCUGGCGAAGAAGAUGGAGUUUGAAAAACUGGAGCGAGAGAACAGUUGCAUUAGAAAGGAGGAUAAAAAAUCACCAUCAAAGCCAAUUCCGAUGCGUCAAAAAUCUGUAUUGCUUCCCGGGUCGCCACCAGAGAUUGGUUUUGCUCCGCCACGGCCUCAUUCGUUUUACGAGGGCCACUCUGGAGUCCCGUCUUCAUCAUACCACAGUGGCACAGUCGGUACCGAGAUGAAGAAAACAGUACGAAUGGACGAGUCAACAGAGAACACUCGGAGAAUUGUCACCGUUGAACAAACUAGUCGCGUUAUUAAAUUCGGAGACGAUCAACAGAGUCGUCCGUCGGUUUUUAAAGUACCGACCCCUAAAAAAUUUGUCCAGGGUCAUUUUCGCGAGUCGGACUACGAGAGCGACGCGGACAUUGGAAAAAUAAGGCCCAAGUGGGCGCCAGCGGAGAGCGACACUGAUGAUCCGCAUUAUCGAAAGGUUCAGCCGCCUAGAUCAUCCAGUGUCCCUCCGCCUCGUGAACCUGGUGAGAGAGUUGUCACUCCCAUGGAGUUUGAUCACCCGCCCGUGAUGGCUGGAACUGCCGAGGCUCAAACUUACGAGCAGCAUUUGCACCAGCUUCGUCAAGAAAGUGAGAAAUUUAAGCGUGAGAAUCGCAGGAGCUACGACUGCUCCACAUUGCCUCUUGAUAAUAAAAAACGAGAAAGCAAAAAGAUUGGUGAUAAUUUCACUGAUCUCGCGGCUACGCAAUACGGAUUUAUGAGUAAUCGUGACAUGAAGAACGCUGCUAAUCACGUAGCAUCGAAGCACAUGACGGACAUGACAAGCAGCUUCAAGGCAAAGACCGAAAAGUUUGUAAAAGAGAUCCAGUCCGAUCUGAAGCACCAGAGCAAGCCAAUCCUAAAACACCCGGCAGAAAAGCACCACCAGGAUCCGGAUCAGUCUCAAGCUUAUCGCGAAGAAAAACGGAUGUCCCAAUACGGCACCAAGCACAUUGAUCCGGACACAGGAUUGAUCUACUUCAAGUAUGACUUCGGGUACGAGUUUGGAAUCGUCCUUCCAGGAGAAUCCAAGAAGACUAUAGCCAGCAGCAAUAAAACGAUCCAAGGCCAGCGACGUCCCAGCGACAUCGAAGUUCCUAUUUCUCAUGAGUUUACUACUAAUCGCCAGGAGAAUGGGUUCACUCACACUCGUACUCCCUGGCAGUCUAACAACAACAAUAACAACAUCAACAAUAACAUCAACAACAUCAACAACCAGCAGAAAAAAUUCUCUCCCUCAAAAUUUUCCACCGGUAAGACCGUAAAGUGGGAGCCAACAUCCGAGAGCGAAUUUUCGGAAGCCGAGGACUCGAUUCGUCGGAAAAAACGUGGAGUUAUGCCUCCACCUCCGAGUCUGUUGAUUCCCCAGAGUCCCAGCUCGCCUAGAUGGGACCCAACAACGCCUUCGCCGAUGUCGCUCAGCCCUAGUCUUCCUAGUUUCUCACCCAGACACUCCAGCGCUACUACGGGGCCACCCAGCAACGUUGACUCCAUCGCAGAGUCGCCGUGGCCGAAUAGCAACGGGAACUCCGGGCAGAAAGAAAUUAUUCAGCCUUAUUUAGAUAUUUUGCCAAAGAAAGCUCCACUUUUUAUCACGCCACUGAGAGACAUUGCUGUGGUAAGCGGUCAGACAGCGAGAUUUGAGUGCAUCGUUCAAGCAGAACCGCAGCCGAAUAUUCUUUGGUCCAAAGACGGAAGGAUUGUCGAGAACUCUCAUAACUACGAAGUUUAUUACAGAAACGGAGUCUGUCGUCUUGUAAUACCUUGUGCCUGUCCAUCUGACGCUGGCACGUAUGUUUGCACUGCAACGAACAGCCUCGGUUCAACAGCGACAUCAUCUUCACUCCAAGUCCCAGGUAAUAGACGAUCUAUCUACGGCACUAAGUAAUGGAUACAUGGUUACUGGGUCUUCAAAUAAUUCUUUUAAUUAAUUUUGGUGGUGGUGGUGGUGGUGGUGGUGGAAUUAAAAGCAAAGCUUUCUGUAUAUCUAUUUAAUUAUUAUAUUUACUUAAAAUAGUCUAAAAAUUAAAAUACGAGUAAAAUAUUAAUUUUCCGACUAUUAAUUAUUUCGCUAAAAAAAAAAAAAAUAAUUGCUUAUUAUUAUUAUAUGUAGACGAUAAAUCUUUCUUCAUGUAGAGAAUGUGCCCGUUUUUCGUAGAUUCUUUUACGUAAUAAUUCAUAAUUAUUAAAUUUAUGCUUUGAUGGAUGGUUAAAUGUGAAUGAAAGGAAAAUUUAUUGGCGUAGAUAACUAACUUAAAUCUUUACAAAAAUAAACUAGACACUGGGAUUAUAAUUAUUAAUUAAUGAAAUUUUUUAUAUAAGAUAAAAAAUAAAAUUAAGUACCGUCGUACUUAAAUCUGUGUGAUUAAAAUACAAAAAAAAAUUAAUUAUUUCUUCUCUGUAUCGCUUGUUUUAAUUUAUUGAUUUAAUAGCGAGCGAAAUGCUUAAGACACUUGAUUUUUAACCGAUGUGAUUAAACAUAUAUAAUAAUAA